GGGUUUUACAACGAAAGGAAAUGCUUCUCCAACAUGCGCUCGGUACUAAAAUUAGCUUCAAUCAAGUUCGACGAUCCAUCCAACAACUUCCGAGAGCUGCUGUGUGAACCAUGUUUGUCAUCAGCAUUUUCUCGUCACCACUUUUUUCGUUUUCGUCACUAGACUUUCCCAGUAGCACCAACAGAUACACUCACGAAUGUACUUAAAAUGCUGCUAUAUUUAUAAAAGUCAUCUUCGAAAAUUCACAAUAUUUCUCUAUGUCCGCGGGCAGCAGUUGCUCUUCAGCCCGCCGAGGGAGCGGAUACGAUACGAAAUUUCGCUGGUCGUUCCGUGAAAAGUGGCCUCAUCGAUUAAUUUUCUGUGGAGAUUGCCGCUGUUGAACACGGUCUAGAAGAAGGCAGUUAUGAUGCGUGAUUUUUAUUUUCGCAUGUUGAACGCUGACGUGAUAAAUGGUGUGUGAAGACGAUCUCGAGACGUUGAGCAAAUCAAAAUUUUCUUGCAUAAACAGCCGAGUGCGGUUCUUAAAAGUGAAAUUGCUUUGUCUGGAAUACGUGGUGUACCGCGAGCAUUAAUAAGUGCGGCAUUUCUAAAAAUGUGCUGCAAAUCUUUGUUUUAGAGGUGAGAGUGUACAAUUCGUGCGCGUGCUUUUGACUGUGAAAAGAUGGCAUAUUGCACUGCCUACGCAAUUCAAAUGGAUUUGUGCAGCGGAUGUGGACUGGCUCAUAGUGAGCAAAAAUUUAUGAAUGCCUGAGACAUCGGAGUUGAAAUCAGUAUAUUGUAUCGUACAACAAAACCGAUUAGUACAAUCCUACGCUUGGUGCAGUUUAAAAUAACGUCGAUUGAGCUAUCGUUAGAUGUGAUCAAUUUGCAGUGAAGUGAUGACGAAAUAGUAAGGUGAAUUGAAACGAGUGAUUUAUAACAUUGAGUUUUCCGCAGUGAAUGGAUAUUUUAUUCGAUGUAAAAUACAAUUGAUGGAAUGAAAUUCAACCGGAAUUAGACGAUUUAAAUAGAUAACUCUACAUGCCGUAAAGUGGUGCAAUUAGAAUAAUGAUAACUCUAAUAGAAGCCUCUGCAGUAUAAUAUGAACCAAUCCGAUGGCGACAAAUCACUGAGCAACGAAAGAAAAAAAAGUACCAACAGAAAAAAUAAAAAUGUUCCCGACUCUCGAUCGUCAGUUUCCAGCAGUGGUGGAUUGCAGUCAUUUUUCCGGUGGUUCCGAAGGGACGACGUCCGUGUACAAAAGGAAUCAAAUCAGUUUUCACAGGAGGUACCUCAUGUGCAACCUACAUGUCAACAGGUACACCCAGAAGUUUCGAGUAGUGGCGUGUCCAAGUCGCAGCAGGUGAACACUGCUAAAGAAGAGUCUUCUUUCGAUAGUAUAAGUAACGGAACACACAGUACAUCGCCAAGCCCCGGCCCAGUGAUAGGAUGCAAUAACUUAUCGAAGAGCUCAAGUUGUGAUAGUAUCUUGAGUACGGCAACAGACGGAUUCGCAUUUGUACCACCAAAGUGCUACGAAGCUAUUGGAAGUCUACCGCAGCAUGAGCGCGUGAUCAAUCCAGGUCCGUACACCGAUAGCUACAAACGGCGUAUAGCAGAGCGGGAUCGGACGCGAGAGCAAGAUAUAAAAUAUGAAUUAACGUUGCGCAAAAAAUACAAUCUGUUUUCCAGCUUACGAGGAACUACCGUAGCUAAUGAGAAAGACUCAACACUUACCAGGGCCCAACAAAGAUAUGCAUACAAUGAGCUUAGCUUACCAACGGCAUCAAAAGGUGCUGCAGGUUGCUUAGGCACUAUCGAUAAAAAAGAAAUAGUAGGUGCUGCAACCAGAAAGCAUCGAAGGACAGUUAGCGAUAGCUCAAAGGAUAAGAAAGCUGGUGCCUAUGUGCAUGUUAAGGGCAAACGACGUGCGCCACCCCCACCCACAUUGAAUCUUGACAAUAAUUCAGGCACCCUCACAAACCAAUCAAAUAGUGGAACUUAUACCAAUUCAAGAUACGGAACGUUGUCCCCCGGAUCAACCUUAUCGCGAAAAAAACGACCCGCGCCAUUACCGCCAGUAUCGCCGAGUUCUUCGUUACUGAAUGAAGCAAUUUCAAAUACCAGUUUACUAGAGGAUAAAGAGAUUAAAGCCAUAAUCGAAGGAAUGCCAAUGCCGAAAACUCCCGAACUAAUAAUGCCCAUUAGAACAACUCCGCUUCCGGGAAUAUCGGAAGAAAGAACCCCUGGAGGAUUAACGGAGGAGCAGAAACAACAGCUAAUUGAUAACAUCCGAAGAGUUCAGGCUCCGCCAGAACCUAAACCAUCAACGCCAACAAACAAACCGUCAUCACCAUUCAUGCUUACAAAUAACGAUGUCAUGAAACUGGAAGAAAUAUUUAUUUCUGCCAACGGGACACGAUCACCCAUUCAUGAUUAUUUAUAUGCGGAAGCAGUUAGUGGUAUAAGUAAGCCCGGGAAACCUACAUCACCUAUCUCACCGAGACCGUGGUACAAGCGACCAAUUUCUGGCGUCAAACAUCAAGAAAGCUCGCUCCCUUUCAAAAAAGAUAUCAUUUUGAAAACAAUCGACAAGCGAAAAAACAGAAACAAAGACAACAACGAUCUUCCGGAGGUUGGGUACUGCAGAAACUCUGUUAUAGAUAACAGCACAGCGGUCAGCAGUGGUAGUGGGCCCAGAUUCAAUUUGUUCUCAAAAAUAACGGAAAAGUCUGAUGAUACGAAACAUCGAGAGCGGGAUCAGGAAAAACGCAAGUCAGGUAUUGGGAUACCGAGUAUAAGUGAGCUUGACCGGGAGGCUGCAGAGAUAUUAAAUAAAGAGAAUGCCUCGAAGCAAGUAAGAAGCGAUAAUGACGGUGAUAUGUAUUUUCUAGCCCCAGAACAGUUAGUCAAGAGAAGUCAAUCAUUUGCGAAACGCAAUGAGCAUGAUACGGUUGAAUCGGUUGGUCAACCAAAAUCAGCAAAGGCGCUAAUAUCAAAGUUCGAAGCAAAUUCUAGCAAUAUUAGCAAGAUUACGGUAAACCCCGCGUUUGUUCCCAACAAGGAUUAUUUUGGAACAGAGCGAAAGGUUUCUUCGCAGAGUACUACAGCAUUGACAACUACUAAUAAUUCUAUAACACAAGUUAGCGAUAAAACAACGGAUGAGAAAAAUAUUCUUGGGUUGUGGUCAUGCCCGUACUGUACUCUAGAGAAUCCUAAUUGGAGGAUUAUUUGUGAAGCAUGCGAACGUAUAAAGCCUUAUGAUAAGCUUAGCAUAUUAGAGGAACCGCCUUUAAGGCCAAAUCAUCCGCUCAAAAAAGCUAUCCCCGAAAUUAAAGCACCUUGUCCGCAACCGUCCACUGAAGAUUGGGAUAGAAAGACUGAACGUGUACUCAAGUACUUUAUGCCCAAAACUAACCCAGCUGUGUGCAAUAGCUUGGCAGUGAUGCCGGAACCAUACAAAAAAUCGUUCGGCCAGGCAAAGAUGCUCGCUUCGCCGAAGAUGGGAGUGAAAAGCCUCAUGAAUCGAGUUUCUCUCGAAAAAACGAAUGGAUUUCGAGAUGAGAAUGGAACUGUCAACGCUACAAAUAAGUUUGACGAUGAAAAACUAAAGGAGAAUAGUGUAGUUGCGCCCAUCAAAACAGUAAUGAAUGCUCCUCAGAUGACGUUUGAAACCGCAACACAGAAACCACAGAAGGCCGCGUCUGUAGAUAUAGACGAGGUGCGUAAUGCUAGGAUAGCUAGAUUCAGUACACAUCUCGAAGAGUUCAGAAAAGAAAAUAAGACUGGACACACAGAGCCCGUGCAAGAUAUGGAUGACGAAGCUUUGGAAAAAGAAAAACAAAUAUUACGCGAUAUGAUUCGUGCGAUGAACGCAAAAGCAUUAGCCGACAAGUAUCCUGUUCUUCAGAAACCGCCGGUUAGUAGUAGUCUAACGAAACGAGAGUCACCGUUGAUGCAACGGAAAAAUGGAUUUGUGUCUGCUAUUCCUAUCUGCACUAACAGUCCUAAAUCCAUACGCAAAGCUAGUCCAACGAUGUCGCGUAGAAAUUUACUCACAGCCGAAGAGCAUCCACCGGUUGUAGCUGAACCUUACAAGUUGGGGGCAGUUAAGAAAACCUUCCUUCGAAAACCUGAUGAUCACAAAGAAAAAAUCAAAUUGAACGAAUCAAAAAUUAUUAAUCAAGAAAUAGCUAAUAUGUCGCUCUCUAUUCCUGAAACGGUAGUCGCCCUCAGUGACCCCGUUCUGGUAUUGAACAAUGACGUGCAACGUGUUCGAUAUGAAGUGAUGGAUGAACAGCAAUUUGAAGCACAGAAUGAUGCACAGCGUAGUGCAGCGGUUGUGAAUUUAUCCGACCAACAGAAUGAAAAAGUUCGCCAAAUAUCGAAUCAGCUUCGUUCGGCUCAAGGUGUGAAAAACUUUCGAAACACUCUUAAGAAUACCAGUGGGUCGUUAAACACAACCAGUACCAUCGCGAUCAAUAAACUUUUACGAAACCUCGAAAUAGCUAUUGGCGAAGGAGCUCAUGAUCGUGCGGCCAAACUGGCGAUGGAUCUCGCAAAGAUGAAGGUGUCUCUUUCGGUUACGCGCCAGAGCCCGAAUAGGUCAGAUAGUGGUUCAGCAAGCAGCCUAACGGAUAUUAGCAUUACCAUCUACAUAAAUGACAAAACUAGCCUGAAGGGUCCGCUGAAAGUUAAUGUGUCGACAGCUAUAACUGUUAUCCAACUAAAGGAUAAAAUUUUUCGGGACUUUGGAAUACCUGUUAAUGUGCAACGAUGGAUGUACGAUGAUCAGUUACUGUCGGUUGAGCAGAAGAGUCUGUUUGACUACGGCAUUUGCGACAAUGGUCGUGUUCUACUUCUUUACAUAGUAAGUGGGACAACGCAGUCUAAGCUGCCGACAUUUGCAGACAUUUCAGUCAACAAGAUAAUGGUUGAACAAAAAGGCACACCAAAAACUAAAACUGUUCAACCACAAUUUAGUCAAGCAGAAGCAAAAAUUUUAACUGUAUCCGACUCUGAUGGCGAAUGUUCGGAUACGCAAAACGAGAUUCAGAUUGAAGAUGGCUCUAAUCUAGGUGCUAUGGCACUACCGACAAUCGUUGAAGAUAAAGGACCUCAACAUGAUACUGAGGAUGGCUGGGCAUGUCCGUUAUGCACCCUCAUAAAUCCACCGAAUCGCCCAGGGUGUGCAGCGUGUUCCGAGGGUAGACCAGCUUCGUACGUACUUCCAGCACGCUAUUGUAAGUCAGAUGAUAUAUUAGCUCCUGUGGAACCGAAACGCUUCAUCGCAGAUGGACCACACAUGUCAGCAGGUGUACAGAUGAGAAACACACCCAAAGAAAUGCGAAACGACCUGAAUCGUGUGUCGGGUAAUCGUAAAUCUUCCGAAGUCUUCAAUAUUUGUGUAGACGAAACAAAAGCUACGGAAUCACAUAAGAAACCCAAUCAUCCACAAACGAGCACAACGGAUCUAUUGACGACAAGGCAUAUUCAGAUACCAGAACAAAAGAAUAUUGUAAUGACUGCAUUCACCAGUCCCAAUAUAACACGGAACAAAUAUCGAGGUGUGGACAACUUCAAUCCUAAUUCGUAUAAUAUUGGUCCAACCAGAGCACCGAAAGCUGAUGGCCCUGUAAUCACUACUGCAAGUCCUAUAGUUAGAGCAGUGUUACUCAAAAGUGAUCCAAAUAAACCGGUCAAAUUUGGUAGAAAUGGAUUGGUGGUGCCCGAUGAUGAUUCCGAUGUCACAAAUCAUUACAUGGAACUAGUCAAUCUGGAUUCCGCAGAUCUGAUCGCAAACGCAGAUCCCUUCGAGUGUCCUAUAUGCUUCGAAAGCUUUAAAGAAUACGAAGGAAUCGUAUUACGUGAUUGUCUACAUUCGUUUUGCAAGGAAUGUUUGGUGAAUACUAUUAAAUUUUGCGAGGAAGCAGAAAUUAAGUGUCCAUUUAUGGAUGCAGUUUACAGCUGUGAAAGUGUUAUACAACAACGAGAAAUCAAAGCGCUAGUGUCCAAAGAUAUGUACGAAUCUCAUCUUGCGAAGUCGAUUCGCCAGGCAGAAAGCAAACUGGAUAAUACGUUUCACUGCAAGACACCAAAUUGUCGUGGUUGGUGCAUUUACGAGGACAACGUGAAUCAAUUCAAAUGCCCCGUCUGCAUAAUUGUGAAUUGCCUUACGUGCAGGGUUAUUCACGACGGGCUCGACUGCAAACAAUAUCAGGAUCGAAUGAAGAGCGACUGUGAUACGAACAUCGAAGCGAAACGAACCAAAGACAUGCUACAGGAAAUGGUAGAAAAAGGAGAUGCUCUCAUGUGCCCCACGUGUCAGAUUGUAAUGAUGAAAAAGUGGGGAUGUGACUGGUUGAAGUGUAGUAUGUGUAAAACGGAAAUCUGCUGGGUCACACGUGGGCCACGCUGGGGUCCUGAAGGGAAAGGAGAUGUCAGCGGAGGUUGUCGCUGCGGCGUCGACGGAAAAAAGUGCCAUCCAGAUUGCAACUACUGCCAUUAGAAAGUUAUAAAAUCACUUGGAUUGCAUUAGGAAUAAAUUGAAGCCAAAGAGAGUGUUCGUUUCAGCAGCUUUCUUUUGUUGGUGUAACGUAACAUUCGCUACUCUAUAGAGUGUAUAAGAAGUAAAAGAAACCAAACUUA